CCUCAACAUUACUAUUGCCCCCAUUUCUCUCCAAGUGAUGGGUCAGGGAGAACAAAGGCCCGGAACAGAGGCUUGUGAAGAGAGGUGAAAGCCCGGGCGGAGCGGUCCGCCGAGACGGCUCUUCAGGCAUCGCUCGGGGCAGCCCCGUGGGCGCCCUCACCUGAAGUCCGAGGGGGCCUCGCGCCACCGCUCGGCGCGCUGAUUGGCUGUUCGCCGUGCCACGGAAGGAACCCGGAUGUGCCCGGGGAGCUGUGUUGGCAGUCCGCGAGCUGAGCUUUGGGCGCUCCUGGGGUCCCGAGGGCCGGGCGGAUGGCUCAGGACUGGGCUGGCUUCUCUGAGGAAGAGCUGAGGAGACUAAAGCAGAAUAAAGAUCUGUUUGAACCCCAGCGCCGUCUCCCUGUGAAAAAAACUCGACAGCAGCUUCAGCGAGAAAAAGCCCUUCUAGAGCAGAGCCAAAAACUUGGUCUUCAAGAUGCAUCAGCCUCAUUACCUCCGGAGCAGCUGCUCUCUGCACCCACACAGAAAGUUACCAAUCAGAAACUGCGUCCUUCACCGGCUGUCUCUAGUCCUCUCACACUCGCCUCUUCCACAGGCAAUGGAAAGCCACAAGGUAUUGAAAGUCAGCCACAGGAACCAGGACUUCAGAAUUCCCAGGAUGGUCACAGAAAUGCCGAGGUUCUAACUCCAAAGCCAAAUUGCAAAGUGGAGAAAAAGAAAAUGGAAUUGCAAGAAAAAUCUCGUUGGGAAGUCCUCCAACAGGAACAGCGACUAAUGGAAGAGAAAAAUAAACGUAAGAAAGCCCUUCUGGCUCAAGCCAUUGCAGAAAGAUCUAAAAGGACUCAAGCAGAGACCAUAAAACUCAAGAGGAUCCAGAAGGAGUUGCAGGCCUUAGACGACAUGGUGUCUGCUGACAUUGGAAUCCUCAGGAACAGAAUUGACCAAGCCAGCCUAGAGUAUUCCUAUGCACGGAAGCGGUUUGACAGGGCUGAGGCUGAGUACAUUACAGCAAAGUUGGAUUUACAGCGCAAAACCGAGACAAAAGAACAGCUCACUGAACACCUCUGUACCAUCAUCCAGCAGAACGAGCUGCGGAAGGCCAAGAAGCUGGAGGAGCUGAUGCAGCAGCUGGACGUACAGGCUGAUGAGGAGGCUUUGGAACUGGAGCUGGAGGUUGAACAGUUGCUUCAAGAACAGGAAGCAGAGGCAGGCAAACAAGUGCUGCCUGUAGAGAGGCACUGUCAGCCUGCUGUGGAGAGUGUGUCUGCGGGGGUGGCUGGCGAGAACAAAGAGCCUCAAGAGCAAGCUGCUUCUCCAGAGGCCGACAAGCUGGGCAAGCAUUCCAGCCGCCCUCCCCUUAGACCCGACUGCCCAGGUCAGGGAGCCAAGAACUUUUCAGCUGCUGUGGCCACAUGAGGGGCUGCUGUUGGUUCAGUUAGCAUCUCUCUGCAGUCAGUUACAGCCUAUCUCGGAUAGAAGUUCUUUAAAGCUGUUUGUGUUUGAAUCCAUGCUUAGUGUUAGUAUGUCAACAUGUCUGGUCAUUCCAAGUCACAGGUCAUGACACUUUCUUAGCUAGGGAGUCUUGACUCCUCAGUGUUCCUUCAGUCUUUCUCACUGAGUUAAAAUAAGUGACUCAAAGGAUGGGCGAGCCUGAGACCCUGGACUUGAUCUCCAGCACUACAAAACGAACAAAACAGUAGAAGAAAACUACAUAGCUAGAGUGUUAGAGCAGGCAAAUUCAGAAAAGCAGAGUGAGAGGUGAUGGUCCUCAAUACUGGACCAAACUUAACUUGGGAGGAAGUAUUGAAACUGCGUGGUCUAUUUUAUGCAGUCGUUAAAAAGACAAAAAUUACCAUGUACAGAGAGAGGAGAAGAGAAAACCAGAUUAAAUUACCUCUCUGAACUAUUAAUUAAAUUACCUCUCUGGAUACUGUUAGAGUGACUAAAUACAACUUGGAAAUCACAGCUUAUGUAAGGAACUAGACAAUUUAAGCCAACAUUAUUUCCCCUUUAAUUUGCCAGUAAAUGGUUUCUUGUUUGCACUUGAAUUUUGGUUAGUUGAUACACAUCUGUAAACAAACUGUGUAUGUGUAAUUUGCUUUUGCCAUAUUCUGUUUUCCUCAAUCAAUGAAUUGACAGGUAAAAUUUAGACAAUGAAAGUGUUUCUAAAGAGAAUAUGAAAAUGGAAAAUCUUAUUGUCACUUGAUUAUCCAACAGUGAUGUAUUCCCUCCCUAAAAGUCUGUAACAUGGGCAUUUUAUAUGUUGAGUAUUAAUUAUCCUAUCAUAAAGCAUUUAAAUUGUUGAAGUAUUCA